GAACGCAGUACUGUACCUUCAGGGCAAACGCGGACUUAAACCGGGUCGAGACUGGUUACGAAUAAUCAAAGUAUAACGCGCUUUGAUUUUUUUUUCCUUCUCCUGCGAAGGCUUCUACGUAAAGAAUCCAACAUGUCCAGCCAUUUCUCGUACUCCAGCAAGAAGUUUAGCAGUCAGUCUUAUGUACCUAGCUCGGCAAUGCAGCGGGCUAGUUCGAUCCGCUCAGUCGGGUUACUGGCUGCAGCGCCGCCGCAGCGGAUGGCUAUCAGGCCCUUGUCACUGGAGGUGCCUCAAUUCGAGGAUGGUCAAGCUUUCCAGGAGCUCCGCAUUCAAGAGAAAGAGCAAAUCAAAGGACUUAACAACCAGUUCGCAAGCUUCAUUGACAAGGUACGAGCACUGGAACAACGCAACAAGCAGCUGGAAAUGCACUGGCAGCUGCUGCAGGAGAAAGGUGUGCGCACUUCCAACAUCGAUAAUCUGUACCAGGUUUAUGCCAACAAUUUGAAGCAACAGAUCGACGCCCUGGCCCAGGAAAAAAUGCGCCUGGGAGGCGACCUAGACAACGUGCAGGGCCUGGUGGAAGACUACAAGACAAAGUAUGAAGAUGAAAUUAACAUGCGCACAGAAAAAGAAAAUGAAUUUGUCAUGAUCAAGAAGGAUGUUGAUGAAAGCUAUCUCAACAAGGUGGAGUUGGAGGCGAAGCUCGAGAACCUGACUGAUGAAAUCAACUUCCUGAAGGAAAUAUUUGAUGAGGAAAUCCAUGACUUGCAAGCACAGAUCAAGAACACUGCUGUCACUGUGGAAGUUGACACCAGCCGUAACCUGGACCUUGGCAAUAUCAUCAACGAAGUCCGGGCGCAGUAUGAAGGAAUGGUGAACAAAAUGCGCCAAGAAAACAUGGUUACGUGUGAGAUGAAGUUCAGCGAUAUGAAGAAGAAUUCUGGAAAAUGUGCAGAUGAGCUCCGUGUUGUGAAGACUGAGAUCACAGAAAUGCAAAGACAAAAUGGAAGACUAACUUCUGAAAUCCAGGCUUUGAAGCAACAAAAAGAUGCGCUAGAGGCUGCAAUUUCUGAGGCAGAAGACCGUGGAAAAAGGGCCAUUAUUGAUGCUAAGAACCGCAUUACUGAACUUCAGAAUGCCAUUGAGAAAAACAACCAAGAAAUGAUCCGCCAAGUGCGAGAGUACCAGGAGCUGAUGAACACCAAGCUUGCCCUUGACAUUGAAAUUGCCACUUACAGGAAACUGCUUGAAGGAGAAGAGAGCAGGUUGUCAAAGCCAGUGAACGUAACUUUGCACCAAUCAGUAAAAAACUAUUCAUAUCCAGUAAUGCAUUUUGAGAGCGCAGUCCAUGGUGGCCUGGAAUCAAGUGGAACAGUCAAAUCUCUUAUUGUCAAGACAAUUGAGACCAAGAAUGGGAAGACACUCUCUGAGUCAUCUAUUCUUCAAAGAAGAUGAAGUACUUGUGUUUUAUUAAAAGCUGUGUCUGGUCAUUUCAAUAAUUUUUAAUGUCCUGCAUUUCAAGGCCUCAAUGAGUUGCGAUAAGGAUUUGUGAAGGAUUUUUUUCCACUCCUGGGAAUUAAAAUGAAAUAAAGCUUGAUAAUGCAAUGCA